AUGCAGCCACUGGUAGCCGCCGUAGUAAUAGGCCAGCGGGUCGUCCUUGGGCCCGUCCACCUUCGACGGCAAGGCCGAAUUCUCCGUCUCGAAGGAAGGCGCCCGCUUCGAAUUCAAAGCGCCGGGCUCCGGCUUGUCCUCAGUCGGCCCAUCCUUCGGAUCGGCGCCGCCGAUCUCGAGGUUUGGGUGCUGCAAAAGCACCAAAGAGGCCUGCUUGAGCAGCCGCUCAUUCGCCUCGUCCUCGGGGGAAACAUGCGGGUCGACGGCGUCGUCGGCGGGCCGGCCCGAUACGCGGCGCGCCUCCACGGACUCCUGGUACUCGGACAACAUCGUCUUCACGAGGUCGAGAUGGGCGUCGAGGAAGGCCGCGCAGUCCGCGUCGUGGGUGUUCAUGUUCAAAAACAACAGCACAUGCAGGGCUUGGUCGUGAAAAAACUCACAGCCGAGCAUGCACUCGAUUAA